AUGGCUUCUAAAUUCACACUAAUAUAUCUUCUUCCACUACUAACACUCCUCCUCAACUUUCCAGCAAGAAUCACACCCCAAGAAUGUGCUUAUCCUUGCUAUCCUCCUCCCACCGGAAACAACCCUCCUCCGGCCACCACAACCCCACCAGGUGGCUAUGUCCCAAAUCCACCAUCAACCACCUAUCAACCACCACCACCUGGUUACAACAACAUCCCUUAUCUGAAUUCUCCACCUGAUGAUUACGCUAACGGUGAAGCACCACCACCACCAGAACCAAUUGUCCCUUGGUUCCCAUUUUAUUAUAGAAAACCUCCUCAUUCCGAUCAAUCUUCAUCAUCAAGAAUCACAUCCAAAAAGAUGAUUAGUUUAUUAGUAAUAGGAAUAUUUUUUGUCUAA